AUGUCUCCGCCCCGUCCGCUCGCUGCCUUUAAGUUGCUCUGUGCUGCCGCCUACCGCUUCAUUUCUCACUCGGUUCCGAGUGUCAGAGAGAGUUUGUGCAGAGUCGCCGACAUUAUGGAGACCGCAGCCGCUGAAGCGGCUCCUCCAGCCGCGACCGCCGCCCAAACCAAGGCUCCCAAGAAGAAGACGAAGGUGGGCGCCCGGAACAAGGCAGCCGGUCCCACGCUGGGGAAACAGAUCGACAAGAUCGUGGCAGGUUGUCCCGAUAAGAGGGGUAUGUCUGCGAUCGCCAUCAAGAAAGCUCUGGCCGCCAGCGGCGUCAAUGUAGCGAAGCGCAGCGCCCAGAUCAGGUUCAGCAUCAAGCGGAAAGUGAAAAAAGGCUCCCUGCUUCAGACCAGGGGCGUGGGCUUCUCCGACACCUUCAAGGCCGCUAAGGAGAAAAGUUCAUUGAAAUUGGCGAAUAAAGCAAAGAAACCAGCCGCCAAGAAAGUAGUGAAGAAGAAACCAGCAAUCAAAAAGACGGCGGCUAAAAAAUCUGUCGCCCGGAAAGUUGGGGCCAAGCAAUCUCCCAACAAGAAACAAGGGGCCAAGAAACCAGCGGCCAAGAAGGCGGGGCUGAAGAAAGCCAAGAACCCGAGGAAGGUUGCAGCCCCAAAGGCGAAGGUGGUCAAGAAAUCGGCAAAAAACAAACCGAAAGCAGCGAAACCCAAGAAGGCAGCGGGCAAAAAGAAGUGAAUUUAAAAGCGCAACUUGUGAAGACCUGAACCCAACGGCUCUUCUCAGAGCCACCCACAUCUCUCGGGAAAGAGCUGAUCCCGAAUCAUGAGAUUCCUGUCCCGAGAGCGGGCUCGGAUAUCAGGGGGAAAACACUUCCGUAAAACCCAGGAUCCCCGGUACCUCGCGGACAUU